AUGGCCGCCCGUGGCCUCCUCACAGCGCGGAAGCUGCGCACAGGCCGCAGGGACCAGAAGUGGUCCGACGUCAACUACAAGAAGCGCACUCUCGGCACGUCCUUUCGCUCCUCGCCGUUUGGCGGGUCAUCCCACGCAAAGGGCAUCGUCCUCGAAAAGGUUGGCGUCGAGGCCAAGCAGCCCAACUCUGCGAUACGCAAGUGCGUGCGCGUGCAGUUGAUCAAGAACGGGAAGAAGGUCACGGCUUUCGUUCCGAAUGACGGGUGCCUCAACUACAUCGAUGAAAACGACGAGGUUCUGAUUGCUGGGUUCGGUCGCAAGGGCAGAGCGAAGGGCGAUAUACCGGGUGUGCGGUUCAAGAUUGUCAAGGUUUCUGGGGUUAGUCUUUGGUCGCUGUGGAAGGAAAAGAAGGAGAAGCCUCGACAGUAG